AUGGCGUACGAGGACCUCUUGCCAUCUCUCAUUGCCAACCAACUGGUAGUGGUGACUCUAGGAAAGAUCUACCAGCCUCCUUUCCCAAAAUGGUAUAACCCCAACGCGAAUUGUACAUACCAUGGGGGAACCCCAGGCCACUCAGUUGAACAAUGCAGGGCUUUGAAACACAAGGUCCAAAGUUUAAUAGAAGCAGGAUGGUUGACGUUUCAAGAGGAUGGGCCCUAUAUAAAAAUAAACCCGCUCGCCAAUCAUGGAGGGGCAGCUGUUAAUGCCAUUAAGGUAUGUGGGCAUGAAAAGGAUUCCUGUUUAAUGCAUCCGGGAGUGCCGCAUGACAUGGAAAUGUGUUCAGCGGUAGGAAAUCUAUUACAACAAAUGAUAGACCAAGGCCGGCUUGAGGUCAGCAACGAGGAGGAAGAAGAACAACAUAUAUGCAUGCAAUCAACAAAUAAGGAAAGUCCUAAGAAACAUAAACCCUUGGUAAUACACUUCACCAGGGACACUUCUCCCCAAAGGCUCCGACACCCCUCAGAGGUAUCGGGCGUUAGACUUGUUCCUUUCCCUUACAAAAGCAGUCACGCAGUCCCAUGGAAGUACGCCCCUCCGGGCGACAGGAUGGAAGAAGCUACCGACAUCGGCUCACUAUCGGCCAAAGUAACCAACAUCAUCGGCUUAAGCGGCAUAAACCGCAGCGGUCGCGUGUUUGCACCUCCCGACUUGCCAGCGCAGCCCAUGAAUGCUAAAGGGAAGGCAAAGGUGAUCGAAGGACAAAGCAUCAAGGCGAUCCCCGCACCGGACGAGGAUGUUCCAAUGGGGGGAUUCGCCGAGGGAAAAGAGGGCUGCGGUAAGAAAGAGGUAUCGCUCGAGGAGGCCAGCGAGUUCCUCCGCAUUUUCCAACAGAGCAAGUUCGAGGUCAUUAAACAACUCAACAAGACCCCGGCUAGGGUCUCUCUUGUGGAACUACUUAUGAGCUCUGAGCCUCACCGAGCAUUGUUGGUGAAGGUUUUGAAUGAAGCUCACAUGGCCCAAGGCAUCUUCGUAGAAGGCUUUGAGGGGAUCGCCAAUAACAUCACAGCUAACAACUACCUCACCUUCGCCAAGGAGGAAAUUCUUGCCGAUGGGAGAGGGCAUAAUAGGGCUUUAAAUGUGUCGGUCAAAUGCAUAGAACAUAUUAUGGCUAAAGUACUCAUUGACAAUGGCUCAAGCCUGAAUGUGAUGCCCAAGAGCAUGUUGGAGAAGUUGUCGUUCAACGCCUCCAACCUGAUGCCGAGUUCCAUGGUGGUCCGGGCCUUCAACGGUAGCCGCCGAGAGGUAAGAGGAGAGAUCGACCUCCCAGUACAGAUAGGGCCUCACACCUGCGGAGUUAUAUUCCAAGUGAUGGAUAUCAACCCGGCCUAUAGUUGUCUGUUGGGGCAUCCAUGGAUCCACUCAGUGGGAGUCGUCCCCUCCACACUUCACCAAAAGCUGAAAUUUGUAGUGGAAGGACAUUUGGUCAUAGUAUCAGGCGAGGAAGAUGUCCUGGUAAGUUGUUCUUCCUCUACGCCGUAUGUGGAAGCCGUGGAGGAGUCAUUGGAAACGGCUUUCCAAUCCUUUAAGGUGGUAAGCGACGCCUCCAUAGAAUUCCUCCCAAGGAAGCCCCGCCUGUCUGGCGCAGCAAUGAUGGUGGCCCGGGUGAUGUUGGGGCACGACUACGAGCCCGAAAUGGGUUUGGGCAAGGAUAAUGAUGGCAAGGCCAGCCUAGUAAGUGUCAAAGGAAACCGCGGAAAAUUCAGGUUAGGCUAUAAACCUACACAGGCUGACGUAAGGAAAAACAUCUCGGGAAGGGAGAACAAAGGCCAAGGCCCACGGUCAGGACAGCAAGCCAAAGAGGUUCCACCGUGCCACAUCAGUAGAAGCUUCGUGAGUGCGAGUUUAAGGCGAGAAGGACAAGUCGCCACAAUAUGUGAUGAAGACUCCCCGAGGAGGUCGAAUUUGGUGCAGCCAUGCCCUCUUGGCUUCCAGCUAGGGAACUGGCGGGUGAAGGAAUGCCUUGAAGUUUACGCGACAAGCAUAAUGUAA